CGCACUUUGAGACAUGCCUAAAGUUACCGUAACCCAUUAUCAUUAGAGAGAAAGAGACGUUUACACACAGCAGCAGUUUGGAUUUAGCACAGAGUCCUGCUGAAUAUGAAGAGUGAAGAGUAAAAACUCUAAGAUGGAGCGUCAGAACUCCUCCAGUGGAGGAGGAACCUCUGAUCCGAAAUUGCAGACUGAGAGAGCAGGGUCUCCAGAACCCAGCUGUGUGUCUACGAAGAGUGGCCUGUCCUUGCCUGUCCCUCCUGGGUUCAGCAGAAAGAGAGGAGAACCCAGAUCUGUGUCUGUGAAGAGUAAUCGGUCCCUGCCUGACCCUCCUGGGUUCAGUAGAGGGAGAGGAGAACCCAGCUCUGUGUCUAUAAAGAGUGACCGGUCCCUGCUUGACCAUCCUGGGUUCAGCAGAGGGAGAGGAGAACCCAGCUGUGUGUCUAUGAAGAGUGAUCAGUCCCUGCCUGUCCCUCCUGGGUUCAGCAGAGGUAGAGGAGAACCCAGUUCUGUGUCUGUGAAGAGUAAUCGGUCCCUGCCUGACCCUCCUGGGUUCAGCAGAGGGAGAGGAGAACCCAGCUCUGUGUCUAUAAAGAGUGACCGGUCCCUGCUUGACCAUCCUAGGUUCAGCAGAAAGAGAGGAGAACCCAGAUCUGUGUCUAUAAAGAGUGACCGGUCCCUGCCUGACCCUCCUGGGUUCAGCAGAGGGAGAGGAGAACCCAGCUCUGUGUCUGUAAAGAGUGAACGGUCCCUGCUUGACCAUCCUGGGUUCAGCAGAAAGAGAGGAGAACCCAGAUCUGUGUCUAUAAAGAGUGACCGGUCCCUGCCUGACCCUCCUGGGUUCAGCAGAGAGAGAGGAGAACCCAGCUGUGUGUCUAUGAAGAGUUACAGGUCCAUGCAUAUUCCUCCUGGGUUCAGCAGAGGUAGAGGAGAACCCAGUUCUGUGUCUGUGAAGAGUAACCAGUCCCUGCCUGACCCUCCUGGGUUCAGCAGAGGAGCUGUGCCCUCUGAUCCAAGGCAGUGCUCUACAGAAACAGAACUGCAGAUACAUUUGGAAGGAACUGGAGACCUGCAGAUAGAUUCUUACCAAACAGUGGAUGAAGUCCUGCACAGAGUUUUAGAGAGACACAUAACCAGCUUAAAGAACAAGUACGAGAGCUUAUUUGAGGGAAUCAAAACUCCCGAGAAUAGAACUCUCCUGAACAGGGUUUAUACACAGCUCUACAUCAUAGAGGGAGAGAGUGAAGGAGUGAAUGAAGAACAUGAGGUUCUACAGAUAGAGAACACACCCAGGAAACAGCUACGGGACACUCCAAUCAACUGUGUAGAUAUCUUUAAACCUCUAAAAGGUUCUGAAGGAGAAACAGAAGAGGAGAAUAUUAGAGCUGUGAUGGCUGAAGGUCUCAAAUGGAGAGAAAGAAAAAAACUUAAAAGGCCAAAAGAGCCAGAGUUCAGAGCUGUUCUGACUAAAGGCAUCGCUGGGAUUGGAAAAACUGUCUCUGUGCAGAAGUUCAUUCUGGACUGGGCUGAAGGAAAAGCCAAUCAGGAUGUAGAGCUCAUGUUUGUGCUUCCGUUCCGGGAGCUGAACCUGAUUAAAGAUGAUCAAUACAGUCUUCAUGGACUUCUGUGUGACUUCCAUCCUGAGCUCAAAGAUCUGGACCCAGAGAUUUAUAAUCAGAUCAAAGCUGUGUUUAUAUUUGAUGGUCUGGAUGAAAGCAGAAUUCCACUGAACUUUCAACAGUGUGAGAAAGUAUCUGACAUCACCAUGACAUCAUCAGUGGGUGAGUUGAUGACAAACCUCAUCAAAGGAGAGCUGCUUCCCUCUGCUCUGAUCUGGAUAACCUGCCGACCAGCAGCAGCCAAUCAGAUCCCUCCUAAAUACAUUAACCGUGUGACAGAGAUUCAGGGGUUCAGUGACCCACAGAAGGAGGAGUACUUCAGGAAGAGGAUCAGUGAUGAAGACCAAGCCCAGAGAAUCAUCUCCCACAUUAAGACAGCGAGGAGCCUCCACAUCAUGUGCCACAUUCCAGUCUUCUGCUGGAUCUCAGCCACUGUUCUUCAGCAGAUCAUGAAACAGCGUCAUACAGAAAUCCCUAAAACUCUGACUGAAAUGUACUCACACUUCCUGAUCACUCAGACAAACAUAAAAAACGAGAAGUAUGCGGAGAAAGAUGAGAGAGACCCAAAGAACCUGCUGAAGUCCAACAGAACCGUUCUUCUGAAACUGGCUAAACUGGCUUUCAAACAGCUGAUGAAGGGAAAUGUGAUGUUCUAUGAAGAGGACCUGAGAGAGAGCAGCAUUGAUGUCACUGAGGCCUCAGUGUAUUCUGGGAUUUUCACUGAGAUCUUUAGGGAGGAAUGUGUGCUUCACCAGAGGAAGGUCUACUGCUUUGUUCAUCUGAGCUUUCAGGAGUUCCUGGCUGCUGUUUAUGUGUUUUACUGCUAUGGGAACAAGAACAUGGAGGUAUUGGAUUGUUUUAAACCACAGUAUGGAUGGAAGUCUGAAGAUGUUUCACUGGAAGAGGUGCUGGAGGGAGCAGUGGAUAAUGCUUUAGACAGUCAGAGUGGACAUCUUGAUCUUUUCCUCCGUUUCCUGCUGGGCAUCUCACUGAAGUCCAAUCAGAGACUCCUUCAGGGUCUUCUGACACCAACACAGAGCAGCGCAGAGAAAACCAUAGAAUACAUCAAGGACUUAAUGAAAGGGGAUGAAAAUGAUGAUGAAUAUCACAUUUCAACUGAGAGAUCCAUUAAUCUUUUCCUUUGUCUGUCUGAAAUGAAUGACCAAUCUCUUUCCAGAGAGCUGCAGGAGUAUCUAAAAUCAGAUAAAGACGCAGAAAAAAAGCUUUCUCCUGAACAGUGUUCAGCGCUAGCCUAUAUGCUUCUGAACUCUGAGAAGAUGCUGGAUGAGCUGGACCUGAAGCAAUAUAACACACCAGAGGAGGGUUAUAGGAGACUGAUCCCAGCUGUGAGUGUCUGCAGAAAAGCAAUACUAGCUGGCUGUAACUUGACCACAAACUCCUGUGAAAAAGUAUCAAUAGCUUUGCAAACAGUAAACCCCUUGCUGAAAGAGCUGGACCUCAGUAACAAUGAUCUGCAGGAUUCUGGAGUGGAGCUGCUCUCUGCUGGAUUAAAGAGUUUGCAAUGUAAACUGGAAACACUCAGACUAGCUAUCUGUAAUCUUAGAGAAAAUGCUUGUGAGAAUCUGGGGACAGCUCUACAAUCAGUAAACUCCUCCCUGAAAGAUCUUGACCUCAGUAACAACUACCUGCAGGAUUCAGGAGUGGAAAUGCUGUCAGCUGGACUGAAGAGUUCACACUGUAAACUGGCAAUUCUCAGACUUGUUAUGUGCAAUCUUGGAGAAAAAGCAUGUGAGAUUCUGGGAUCGGCUCUACAAUCGGAAAAAUCCUCCUUGAAAGAGCUAGACCUCAGUUACAAUGACCUGCAGGUUUCAGGAGUGGAGCUGCUCUCUGCUGGAUUGAAGAGCUCACAUUGUAAACUAGAAAUACUUAGGCUAACUGUCUGUAAUUUAGGAGAAAAGGACUGUAAAAAGCUAGCAUCCGCUCUACAAUCAGUAAACUCCUCACUGAAAGAGCUAGACCUCAGUAACAAUGACCUGCAGGACGCAGGAGUGAAGCUGCUCUCUGCUGGACUGAAGAGUUCACACUGUAAACUGGAAAUACUCAGACUAACUGUCUGUGAUAUUGGAAAUAAAGCCUGUGAAAAUCUAGGAUCAGCAUUACAAUCAAUAAACUCCACCCUGAAAUAUCUGGACCUCAGUUGCAAUGGCCUGCAGGAUUCAGGGGUGGAGAUGCUUUCUGCUGGGCUGAAGAGUCCACACUGUAAAUUGGAGAUACUCAGACUAGCUAUCUGUAACCUUGGAGCAAAGGCUUAUGAAAAUCUGGGAUCAGUUCUACAAUCAGUAAACUCCCCACUGAAAGAGCUGGACCUCAGUUACAAUGAUCUGCAUGAUUCAGGAGUGAAGCUGCUCUCUGCUGGACUGAAGAGUUCACACUGCAAACUGGAAACACUCAGACUAACCAUGUGUAUGGAAGAAAAGGCCUGUGAACAUCUAGCAUCUGCUCUACAAUCAGUAAACUCUUCCCUAAAAGAGCUAGAUCUCAGUCACAAUGACCUGCAGGAUUCCGAAGUGGAGCUGCUCUCUGCUGGACUGAUGAGUUCACACUGUAAACUGGAGACACUCAGAUUGUCUGGUUGCAUGGUUACAGAUGAAGGCUAUUCUUCUUUGGCUUCAGCUCUGAAAUUAAACCCCUACCAUCUAAGAGAACUGGAUUUGACUUAUAAUCACCCAGGAGAGUCUGGAGUGAAGCUGCUUUCUGGUCUACUGGAGGAUCCACAGUGCACACUGGAGAAACUACAGGUGGAUCAUGGAGGGACGAUCAGGAUGAGACCAAAACUAAAGAGAUAUGUGUGUGAUCUCACUCUGGAUCCAAACACAGUGAACAGCUGUCUGUCUCUGUCUGAGAGGAACAGAAAAGUGGAGAGUGUGAGGAAGGAUCAGCCGUAUCCCGAUUAUCCAGACAGAUUUGAGCACUGGUCACAGGUUCUGAGUGUGGAGAGUCUGACUGGACGCUGUUACUGGGAGGCUGAGUGGAGUGGGGGGAGGCCUGAGAUAGCUGUAUCAUACAGAGGAAUCGGGAGGAAAGGAGGUGGUGACGACUGUGUGUUUGGAAACAAUAACCAGUCCUGGAGCCUGUACUGCUCUAAAAACAGAUACUCUGUCAGACACAAUAAUAAGAUCACUGCUGUAUCUGCCCCCCCCUCCCCCUCUAACAGAGUGGGCGUAUAUCUGGACUGGGAGUCCGGCGUUCUGUCCUUCUAUAGCAUUUCACCUAAAACACAGGCAUUGACCCACCUGCACACAUUCUUCACCAAGUUCACUGAACCGCUCUAUGCCGGGUUUAGGAUUUUGGAUUAUGACUCCUCAGUGCAUCUGUAUACCAGCCAUUACCAGAAUUUGCAAACACUGAAAGAGCUACAGCAGCACGAUAGACUUUAUGCCCAGUUUGGGCAUAAACAGCCCUGCAAGAAGACUUAUGAUCUGUCCAACAACACAGUCGAUCAGUGGGAGAUCCCCCGCAGCUCCAUCCAGCUGCUGAGGAAACUCAGCAUUGGACAGUUCGCAGAGGUUUAUGAGGGAGUGUGGAAUCACACAACCUCUGUUGCUGUGAAAACUCUCAAACCAGGCAGUAUGGAUGCCAAGGAUUUCCUGCAUGAAGCUCAGAUCAUGAAGAAGCUCCGACACCCCAAUCUGAUCCAGCUGUACGCAGUGUGCACUGUGGGGGAGCCCAUCUACAUCAUCACUGAGUUAAUGAGCAACGGCAGCCUGCUGGAGUACCUGCAGAUAGUUUUUGCUCCUGCAGAAGACAGAGAAGCUGGUUUAUAUAUUUCUGAUCAGAUAGGGAUGGCUGCUCAGGUUGCAGCAGGUAUGGCGUACCUGGAGUUGCAGAACUACAUCCACAGAGACCUGGCAGCCCGGAAUGUCCUGGUGGGGGAAAACAAUGUGUGUAAAGUGGCAGAUUUCGGUCUGGCCAGAGUGAUUAUGAAAUAUAAUGAUAACAUUGAUGAUGGAGAUGAGGAGAACGUGUACCAAGCGAAGGAGGGCACUAAAUUCCCGGUGAAGUGGACGGCUCCCGAGGCCAUUUAUGACAAUAAAUUCAGUAUCAAAUCUGAUGUCUGGUCAUUCGGCAUCCUGCUGUACGAGAUCAUGACCUUCGGACAGAUGCCUUACCCAACUCUCACUAAUUUCCACGUUGUGCAGAAGUUGCGUAGUGGCUAUCGGAUGUCAUGUCCAGCAACGUGUCCACAGAUUCUGUAUGAGAUAAUGAUGGAGUGCUGGAAGGACAUGCCCGCUGACCGGCCCACCUUCACACUGCUGCAGUGGAAACUCAAGGGCUUAAUCAAGCUGGAUGUCAGGAACUUCAAUUUCCAAGCACAAAAAGAGCUGAUGCAGCCAUAUAGCCGACAGAAGGACAGACUUUUUGUCCAGCUCAAAGAGCCCUGCAAGGCUGAAGGUUCACAGGCUCUUGAUGACAACAUUGUCGAUCAUUGGGAGAUUCCCCGCAGCUCCAUCCAGCUGCUGAAGAAACUCGGUGCUGGACAGUUUGCAGAGGAUUAUGAGGGACUGUGGAAUCACAUGACUUCAGUCGCUGUGAAAUCUCUCAAACCAGGCAGUAUGGAUGCCGAGGACUUCCUGCGUGGAGCAGAGAUCAUGAAGAGGCUCCGACACCCCAAACUGACCCAGGUGUACGCAGUGUGCACUGUGGGGGAGCCCAUCUACAUCAUCACUGAGUUAAUGAGCAACGGCAGCCUGCUGGAGUACCUGCAGAAAGACAGAGGAGCUGCUUUACGUCUUUCUGAUCAGAUAGAGAUGGCGGCUCAGGUUGCAGCAGGUAUGGCGUACCUGGAGUUGCAGAACUACAUCCACACAGAUGUGGCAGCCCGGAAUGUUCUGGUGGGGGAAAACAACAUGUGCAAGUUGACAGCUUUUAGUUUUUGCAGAGUGUUUAUGGAACAAAAAGACAGAAGUAAUGAUGGAGAUGAGGAGUACCCUGUGUACCAAGCGAAGGAGGGCACUAAAUUCCCGGUGAAGUGGACGGCUCCCGAGGCCAUUUAUGACAAUAAAUUCAGUAUCAAAUCUGACGUCUGGUCAUUCGGCAUCCUGCUGUACGAGAUCAUGACCUUCGGACAGAUGCCUUACCCAACCCUCACUGCUGUCCAGGUUGUGAAGAAGUUGCGUAGAGGCUAUCGGAUGUCGUGUCCGGCGGACUGUCCAAAGCUUCUGUAUGAGAUAAUGAUGGAGUGCUGGAAGGACACGCCCGCUGACCGGCCCACCUUCGAAACACUGCAGUGGAAACUUGAGGAUUUCUUCUACCUGGAUGACAGCUACUAUUAUGAAAUAUAUACUGAGUCCUACUGACCAACUGCUCCACUGACCAACUGAUCCACUGACCAACGACUCCAUGUUAAUGGCUCAGUGGUGGCAGCCCACACAGCCAUGGCUCCCUGGUAACAGCUCCCCAGGUGUUUUGUGAUCAACUUUUUAUUGCAUUUUUCAUCAUGUUUUACAACAAGGGUGGGGAGAGGUAAGGUGGAGGGGAAGGCAGGACGUCAUACAUUUUAGGAAUACACACAAAUCAAAAAUAAAGCAAAGACAAUAUAUAAACAACUACACAACUAAACACACACACACACAUCUUCUAAGCCACAUCUCCUUCUGGGUCA